AUGGACUUCCUCCAGGUUUCAUCUGGAGAUGACUUCUCCAUCACUCCCACCCGGAAGGGCUCCACAGAGUUCGACUUUGGCUCAGAUUCAGACGACAUGGCGACCAUCAGAGAACCAGAAAGCAAGAUCGACAAGGACAAACUACAUCCCGAAGUACUCAAGAACAUUGAACUCCACCAGGGUUUCAUGCGUCGCGCAAUCAACGUCGCCGAGGAGGCGUUGGCUGGAGGCGAGACUCCUGUCGCCUGCGUCCUGGUCCACAAUGGAGAGGUUGUCGCUCGCGGGAUGAACGACACCAAUCGAUCUCUCAACGGUACUCGACACGCCGAAUUUCUCGCCAUCUCGGAGUUCCUGUCCAAGUUUCCUGCCGAAAAGCUCAAGGAGACCGAUCUCUACGUGACCGUCGAACCUUGCAUCAUGUGUGCUUCGGCCCUGAGACAGUAUGGAAUCAGAUGUGUCUACUUUGGAUGUGGAAAUGAUCGUUUUGGUGGAAAUGGCAGUGUUCUGGCAGUCAACUCUGACAAGGGGCUGGAGGAAGGAUAUCCAAGCUACGGGGGUAUCUUCAGGAAAGAAGCCAUUAUGUUGCUCCGCAGGUUCUACAUCCAAGAGAAUGAGAACGCACCAAAUCCUCGAGCAAAGGGGAAUCGGGAACUGAAGCCGGUAGUCUAA